CGGUUUGCGCUUCCGGAAUAGCCAUGUGCGCAUGCGCAGUGAAGUCGCCGGAGCGCACAAUGGAGUCGGACGUGCACAGACGUUCAGGUGAGCAGUGAGCGGUGACGUCGGGUCCACCUGCUGUCCUGUAACCGUCCUCCGUUGCCGUCGGCGUGUCUUCUGACUGUCCUCUGGCCCCCCACCCCAUGUCUUUGUCUCAAAGAGCAGCGAAAAAUAACCUCUUCCGACGCACCACCCUCCGGUGACACAUCACCAGCCAGGGAAAAUGUCAGAGGUCAACAUACCAAAGCGCAAGGAGAAGUGUGAGAACUGCACCAAACAGUGCAACAAGAAACGGAGCGACGAUGGGACCAACUCACACCAGGACAGAGUGCAAGUCAAUGGAGAGGUGCACGAAGGGUCCCAGGUGCUGCUGAGCGCCUGCCUAGCCUGCGACGGCUGUGUGUCGGAAGAGGAGAGCCUGAAGAUUUCUCAGCAGAGCCUGGACCAAUUGGAGCAGGUCCUGGCCCUCAACAAGAAGUGCGACGCGUCGAAGCACAGGGUGCUGGUGGCCUCGGUGUGUCCACAGUCGCUGCCGUUCUUUGCGGUCAAGUUCGGUCUGGACGUCAGCGAGGCCGCCAACAAGCUCUGUAGCUUCCUCAAGAGUUUGGGUGUGCAGUACGUGUUCGACACCACGCUGGCUGCAGGCUUCAGCAUCUUGGAGAGCCAGAAGGAGUUCAUUCAGAGGUUUCGCAGGAGGCACCACGACUCCCACGCCAUGCCCAUGUUCACCUCCUCCUGCCCAGGGUGGAUCCGCUACUCGGAGCGUGUCCUGGGCAGUCUGGUCACGCCGCACAUCUGCACAGCCAGGUCUCCUCAGCAGAUCAUGGGCUGCCUCGUCAAAGACUACUUCUCUAAAGAGCAGAAGCUGAGUCCGGGGAAAGUCUACCACGUGUUGGUGGCUCCCUGCUUUGAUAAGAAGCUGGAGGCGGUCCGAGAGGAGUUUUACAGCGGCCUGCUGGAGGCCAGAGACGUGGACUGUGUCCUCACCUCAGGCGAGAUCUAUUACCUGAUGGAGCAGAGGAAGGUUAGAGUGGAGGAGCUGGACUCUGUCCCCCUGGACCAUGUGCUGGGGGAGGCCGGAGACGCGGCGCUGGUGAGGCACGAGGGUCGAGGCUCCGAGGGCUUCCUGGAACACAUCUUCAAACACGCUGCCAAGGAGCUCUUUGGCCUCGACGUCCACGAGAUCACGUACAAGAACCUCAGGAACCGGGACUUCCAGGAAGUGACCCUGGAGCGUGACGGGGAAACUCUGCUGCAGUUUGCCGCCGUCUACGGUUUCAGGAACAUCCAGACCCUGGUUCAACGCAUGAGAAAGGGACGUGUGCCCUACCAGCUGGUGGAGGUGCUGUCCUGCCCCGGAGGGUGCCUUAGCGGCCGCGGGCAGGCAGGGAGCGACGCAGGAGGCCGGGUGGACAAAGCCCUCGUCCAGCAGAUGGAGGAGGCCUACAGCAGCCUGCCGGUCCGUUUGCCGGAGGUCAACCCCGCCCUGCACACCCUCUAUCAAGACUGGCUGCAGGGCCAGGACUCCCCGCGGGCCGGCGCUCUCCUCCACACCCAGUACACAAAUCAGAUCCACACGCAGCCCCCGCACAUGCAGUGGUGAGGAGAAAGAGAGAGGUGUGUCGGGGGCGGCGUUUGCUGAGAAAAAAAACAUGAGACGGAAGACUGCAGUUGGUUGCUGACUUUGGUUGAUUCCGCCCGGACGGGCUCAUCGGCCGUGGCGGACCAUGAAGGACGAGGCGAGGGCCGCGCUCUACUAGCGAGUCUCUUUGGGUGCAGUUCACACACAAGGCCACAAGGGGGCAGUGCUUAUAUUUAGAAUAGGUGGACCUCCUGUGCCAAACCUGAAACAGCAGGAGAAAGGGGAGUCCGGAGUCUAGAGACACGCACAAUGUUUUCAUCAGACUGGAGCCGCGGUGUGGAUGACGGGCCGCAAACCGAUCAGGUGCCCGAGUCAGCUGCUCACCUGAUUGGCCUGCUGCGCCUGAGAAAUGAGGGGAAUCCGUAGCAAGCAAGCGCAUCACAAGUGACCCUCUGCUUCAGGCCACCAAGGAGACUCGUAACUCGCCUUUCAGCCCGGCUGGGACUCUGACAAAGGUUCAUCUUUGUGAGUGUUCCAAAUGUGAAGCGCCCACAUGAAACAUGUUCAACACAACUUCAACACAAAGUUUUCGUCAUCACUGAAAGACAAGACAUUAACAACUAUGCAACAGUGAGGUGGUCUUAUCUCAACAGACACUGGAAGCUGGAGGCGUAGGGGUGCAAAAGCCUUUUGAUCACAGCGAGUGAUGCUAAAGUGUCGCUACCAUUGUCCAGUUCAUCCAUGGUGAAGAAGGGGAGUCAUCAUUCUUUUUAAUUGGUGCAAGAUGUCUUCAUUUAUAUUGUCACUCUGUGUCCAUGCCGCUACCUGAUCCUUUAAGUUAUGUUAUUUUGUUUUACAAGAUCGCGUGAAAUGCUACUAAAAUAAUCUGACAAACCAGGUGUGGAUGAUGUCAUUAUUCACUCAACAGUCUCUGCCCCUGCAAAGGGAAAAGCUUUUUCACAUUUUUGUUUUAAUUGAAUGUGGAUCUCUGAAACUUAAGCAACCUAAGCAAAUUCAACCAAAGCUACCUGCGUGGCUCAAUGUGACGGCAGGUUAGUGAGAACGUUUUUUUUUUUUUUUUUGUCAUGUGAUUGUAUAGAACUUUCAGAAGGGCUUCCUCUGUACAGUGUGUGUGCUGCUUAAGCAACAAAUUCUUUGAUCAGACAUCAAGUUUAAUAAACACUUUGAUUUUUAA